UUUUCAGAGUUCAGUCAACAAUUCAACAGUGUCGAUUCAAUAUAGCUAAAUUAGUUUAGCAUUAUUAUUUUUGAUAGGAUGUGAUUUGUUUUAUACAAACAAAAGUGUAAAUUUUAUAGCACAUUUCUUAAUAACAAUAUAAACAAUGUCUACUUCACUGGAAAACCUUGAAACUCAACUCGAGAUGUUCAUCGAAAAUGUUCGACAGAUUCGUAUCAUCGUAAGCGAUUUUCAACCUCAGGGCCAGAGUGUAUUAAAUCAGAAAAUUCAAUCAUUGGUAACGGGUCUUCAAGAAGUUGAUAAAUUGAAGGCACAAGUACAUGAUAUUCUUGUUCCUACAGAAGUAUUUGACUACAUUGAUCAAGGCCGUAAUCCUCAAUUAUACACAAAAGAUUGCAUAGAUAAAGCCCUUGCGAAAAAUGAGGAAGUAAGAGGAAAAAUUGAUUCAUACAAGAGAUUUAAAAGUCACUUACUCUCUGAACUUUCUAAAACAUUUCCUAAUGAAAUUGCUAAAUAUAAAGCCAUAAGAGGUGGCGAAUAGUAUAAGACAUUUAUGUUUAGAAUUAGGGAUAAUAUUGUAAUUGUUAUGACUUAAAACUUAAUCCCCGAAUUUUCUAAAAUCUUUCUUUAUGAAAUUGCUAAAUAUAAAUCUUUGGUGAAUA